ACAUAGUGGAAACCAAGAAAUGGAAUAUUGAGACAGGUGAAGAAGUAGCUUUUUUGGCAGCUUAUAAAUACUCUUCAAUUCAUCACAUCAAACAACCACAACCAUUCUUCACUUCACUUCUUUAUCUUUUGCAACUAUAUCACUUCCAAUGACAAAAACCGAUUCCUCCCAACAACACUCUAACUCAAAAGUCACCACUAGUGAUCCAAUGGAUAUAUGGAGUUCAAUUUUGAACCAAAACAACAAAGAUGAAGCUUCACAAUCAAAAACCAGUCCAUAUAUUCACCCACUUGUGAAAAAAUCAAAAAGUUAUUUAAGUGAAAAGAGUCUUGAAAUUUGCACAGAGAGCCUUGGAUCAGAAACUGGCUCAGAUGGUUUCUCUUCUUCUUACACAUCAUCAUCAUCUGAGGAUGAUAAUUUAGAGGAUGAUGAAAAAUUGAAACAAAAAGUUGAAACAAGUUAUUGUUUGAAGAAUAAGAAAAAGGCUGGGUGUAUUCCUCCACCACUCCCUUCACUGAGCAGUCAAAGUCAACAACUUCAAAUGAGGUCCCACCGUGACAAUGGAACAUUGUUUUUGUUCCUACAAGUUGUUGUGUCGGUUCCUUCACAAAACAACUUCAUCGCUACGCGACAAAAUGGUCGCCUUAUCCUCACUGUUGCUAAUCAUGUUAAAGAAGAAAUUGCUGAGGAAGAUGAGAGUUUGAUAGAGCAACCAAAUGCUUGUAGUUUUGAAUUAGCGGUGAAUAAGAAAGUUAAGAGUCCAAAGUGGUCAGAAAAGUUCAACAAAAUGACAAAUUUUAAGGAUGUUAAAAAUGUACAACAUGGUUCGUUGCCACGGUCGUUGCCUUUGAUCAAUACAUAUCAAUACUACUGGCGAACCAAGGCUACAAGAAACAUUGAUUCUCUAAUUCUCAAUGAUGAAGAAAAUAGAAAUAGCAACAAGGUUGUUGUCUCUGGGAAGAUGAAUAUGUAUCAUGUUUUUUCACGAGAGGUGUUGGUUCAGAAUAUGAAGUUUUGCAAGGAUUCUACAACUACAACGUCUUUUCUUUUCUGGGACCGCUGUUGCAUUGCUACAUGAAUCUUUUACUUUCUUUUCUCUCCUUUAUGUUCCACUAAUUUUAGUUAUAUAUAGUAAGAUUAAUUAAAUGUUGGCGCAAAAUUAUUUUAUAUUUA